CGUAUCACGUUCGAAUUGCCGCCGAGCAUAAACCGCCGCCGCUGCCGCCACCACGAGGAAAUAUCAACCAAAAAAAUUCACUUAAAAAACUGUGUCAAUCAAUUAAUCGCAUAAAAUAGUGAAUAAACUUAAUCAAAAUACAAAUUAUAAUCUACAUCAAUAAAUAAAUGUUUUGAUAUGUGUGCAAUUGAAAUGUGUAUUGAUAAAUGUAAGAGAUGUAUAAAGACAUAAUUGAAUUUAACUUUUUAUGCAAAGAAAUAAACAAGUUCCACGCCGGUCGUCGUCUUGGUUCUUUUGUGUUCAACUUUGCCGUGCACAGAAUUCUGAAGUGAUAUAAAGUGUUAAAGCCCUGAGAGGAACAACUAUUUCAAUAAAAACUUUUUUCGUUUUGUUGCUAUAAAUAAGUUUGUGAUUUCUGCGAGUUCGGAACUGAAAAAUUGGAUUUGAACAAUUCCUGAGGCGACUAAUAUUUUGGAUACAUUUUAAAUUUUAGUCACGCUGAUUCUUCAAGUGAAAUUUAGAAAGUCACUCAGCUUGAAUUUGUGGUCGGAAACAGAGGGAUAAAGGUGAAGUAAUCGGGCGGUGGUUUUUUAGCGGCGUGGAAAAGUGUUGCCAAGAAAACGAAAGUGAUUUCGGCGCAAAUUUCUUCGCGCCAGGAGAGUGACAUGAGUGAAUUCCCCAGCUGCAAUAAAGCCAACGAUGGCGCGCACGCCGGCGUGUUAAAUAAAGGGUAGUUGGAUAAACAGCCGUCAUGGGACUGGAGAAAUGGCCCUUCCUCUUCGUCCUGCUUUGUUUGCGGAUGCUGGCCACCAUUAAGGCGCAAGAUGCUGAUGCUGAUGCGCCGGUGGAAGACAUAAACGACAUCGGAGCGUCGUACCCUCCAUUUGAAGGCCCGCCCGUACAAUUCGCCACCGAAAACUGCACGGUGACAACGUCGCAAAUAGGAUCGACGGCUUUUGUCCCUUGCGUCGUUAAUAACAUUAGAGAGGGAAUUGUGUCCUGGAUAAGGCGGAAGGAUUAUCAUCUACUUACCGUCGGCCCGACAACGUACAGCAGCGACGAGCGCUUUCAGGCGGUGCACAUCCAGCACUCGGAGGUGUUUUCUUUCUUUCAGGACUGGACGCUGAAGAUCAAGUACGUGCAGCUGCGCGACGCUGGACUUUACGAAUGUCAAGUGUCAUCGCAUCCGCCGACGAGUAUUUUCAUCCAGCUGAACGUCGUCGAGGCGAGAGCAGAAAUAUCAGGACCAGCUGAAAAAUAUCUCAAACCCGGCUCUGGGUUGAAAUUGCAGUGCACAGUGCUACAAAGCACCGAGAAUCCAAGCUACGUGUUCUGGUAUCACAAUAACAGAAUGAUCAACUACGACGUCGAUCGAGGAAUCAAUGUGAGCACUGAAUUGACGGCGAAGACAAGCACGCUGACGAUCACCAAUGCGGCGACUAGACAUUCCGGAAAUUACUCUUGCGUGCCCAGCAAUGCCCAGCCAGCUAGCACAUAUGUACAUAUACUCAAUGGAGAAAAUCCAGCGGCGAUGCAGCACGGCGGCCGCGGAUUAUCCUGGCUGCAGUGCAGCCCAUCGUCCUGGCUGCUCAUUAUCGGCGUCUCACUGAUCGUCGCGCAUCUGUCCUAGUCAUCCAGCGCUCUCGCAUUCGAAACAAUCAACAAGCGACAAUUACAUUCAACGUUUACUGUUAACAUAAAAUUAACCGCAUUGUUCUUCAAACAAGAUUAAUGUUGGGCCGAGUGAUUCAACUCAAGUGUAGUUAAUUGAGUGCAGUGCAACAGCAAAUACUCGACGAGUGAUAAACUUUAGAUUUGAUUAAAAUUAAAAUAUUGACUGUGUGAUUUAUUGAAUGCAGAAAAAAACUUCCGGCCAUCGCGCGUUGGAUUUAAUUGAUUAUGAUUAUAUGUAUGGUUUUAAUAAUACAUACAAAGUUAUAAACUAAUCAAUUCUUAUAGAAAUAGAUUGAAAUUUAAGUAAAUUUAAGUAAUGAAAGGAAACACAUGUGGAAUUUAUAUACUUAACACUAGCCAGGAUCAAAAUAAUGCAUGGAUGCAAAACAAAUGUGUUUAACUGAUGUUACACUACCUGAUAAGAAAGAAUAUUUUGUAAUGAAGAAGUUUAAUUGAUCCAACAAACAUUAUAUUGAUAAUAAUUGAUGUUAAACAAUGAAAGCGUUUUUUUAGUAAUGUAAAUAAAAAUUAUUAAACGUGACAAUUUGUGAAAGUUCAAUCAAACUCAUAAAGGAAGACAUAACUGAAGUUUUGUGUAUAAUAAACAUUAAUAAAUUUCUUCACAAAAAGAUAAUAUGAGCUACAAAUAAGAGAGACGUGCAUAAUUCCUAAAUAUAUACAUGUAUACAUGUCAUUUUUAAACAUUACAAAAUUGACUUAUCUUUAAUCCAUUUUAACGACUCUCAUUCAGUACUGAAACAUCAACCAAUAUUGUUUUUAGCAUCACGAUUGUGAUUACAAAACUUGAAAUAAAUGAACAAAUUGUUCCAUGCUGCCGUUAUGAUACUCAUC